AUGAAGGGAAAGGUGUGCGUCGGCCUCAUCCUCACCGUCGUGGCGACUGCCUGCCUGUGCCGGCCGGCCGCGGAGGCACCGGGUGCCGCAGGGGACCCCCGCCGGCUCCCCACCAGCCUGGUCCGGCGAGACUGGCCCGAGCCCCUGUCCCAGGAGCAGCAGCACCUCAUCUCCCGCUUCCUGCCCCACAUGUUCGCAGAGCUGAGAGACCGCAAGGGCUUCGUGCAGGGGGACGAGGGGGCAGAGGCCCUGCACGACCACUUCUACCCCGACUGGAUGGAUUUCGGUCGCCGGAGCUCCGAAGACCCGGCUGAUGCCUCAUAAGCAUUGCCCCUGCCGUGCAGAGCACCGGCACCCUUGGUGCAUCUUUCUUCCUGCAAUAAAGCUUUGGCACUACAGCCUCUGCUGCUGGACUCUUUGCUGGGAAAAAGCUGGGGGCAGCGGGCUCAACCCCCAGCCCCAAGGGAAAGCACAGGGCACAGCAGGAACACACAGCUACAGACACGGCACACAGGAGCUGCUU